UGAUCGACCAUGCAGUGAUGGCUGUCAGUUCUCUUUUGCGAUCACUGCGUGCAUCACUCAGCAAUCGCAACUGCCGAUGCAUCACCAAGAUGUCGUGGUCUGACCUCGUAUUUCCUCAUCGCACAUCUGUGGACAAGGACCCCGCCGGCUCUGUCCACAUGUUACUCUUUUGAGCGCUUGUCCCCGGAGCCUCGGACACCUUUCCAGCAAUUAGCUCGUCGAGACAACUGCCGUGACUUGAUGAGUGGGGUAGCUCCAGCGAUGGCCCAAGUAAGAUUGAUACUGAUGCAACGCACGAAAUGCGAAUUCUCUUAAAGCCUUGCCACCCUUUGGUGCUGUUCUUCCUGUAAUUCUACAACUGCUUUUUGAACACUUUCACACAUGUAAGGCAACUCUCGGACCCAGGCGAUGUACAGUUGAGCUUAAGAGCACUUCAACAACACCAUUGGACCCCUGGCACAUUCCCACAACCAAAUAUCUAACAACCACCAGCACAAUGCCUCUUCCCCACGGCGUCUACCGCGCCGACCACGUCGGAUCCUUCCUGCGCCCCAAAUCUGUUCUUGAGGCUCGCGCCAAGGCCGCCAAUGGCGAGAUUUCCGCUGCCGACUUGCGCAAGAUCGAAGACGAGGCUGUCGCCAAAGUUGCCCAGCUCCAAAUCGAGAAUGGUCUGCGCUCCAUUACAGACGGCGAGUUCCGCCGCGCCUACUUCCACCUCGACUUCCUGAAGCACCUUGCUGGCAUCGAGGAGAAGGGUCAGGUUGGCAACAUCCGCCACAAGGACGGCUUCAGCCCGCCCACCCUCGUAGUUACCGGCAAACUUGGCCACCCCGACGCCAUUCAAGUUGAUGACUUCAACUUCCUCGAGCAGGCUAUCAAGAACAAUGGGGGCGCCGCCACAACAAAAGUGUGCAUCCCUAGCCCCACCAUGGUGCACUUCCGCGGCGGCCGCGCCAGCAUCGACAUCUCCGCCUACCCCGACCUCGACGAGUUCUUCGCAGACCUUGCCCGCGUCUACCAGGAGGAGCUCGCCUCCCUCUACGACGCCGGCUGCCGCUUCGUCCAGCUCGACGACACCAACCUGGCCUACCUAUGCGACCCAGACAUGCGCGCCGCAGCCGAGCGCGAGCGCGGCGAAGACCUCUCCGUGCUGCCCCGCAAGUACGCCGCACUCAUCAACGCGGCGAUCUCCAAGCGCCCCGCGGACAUGAAAAUCGGAAUCCACCUGUGUCGUGGCAACUACCGCAGCAAGUGGUUUGCGUCGGGUGGCUACGAGCCCGUCGCCGAGGUCCUGUUCAAGGAACUCAACGUCGAUGCAUAUUUCCUCGAGUACGAUGAUGCGCGCAGUGGUGACUUCAGCCCGCUGCGCCACCUGCCUGCGCACAAGGUCGUUGUGUUGGGUGUGAUGAGCAGCAAGAAGAAUGUGCUAGACGAUAGGGAGGAGAUUGUGGGCAGGCUGAAGGAGGCCGCUGCCGUUGCACCAGGGGGCCUGGAUCAGCUGUGUUUGAGCCAUCAGUGUGGAUUCUCAAGUACCGCAGAGGGGAAUGAGCUGUCUGAGGAGGAGCAGUGGGCCAAGGUCAAGCUGGAGGUAGAGAUUGCGAAGGAGCUUUGGGGUCAAGACUUGAGCAAAUAAGCUUUUGAAAAAUUGGCGGUAAGGUGUGUUGGUAGUAUGGAGUUGCGGCGCACGAUAAAAGCGAUAGAGUGGAGAGGAUGUCAAGGUCCCAGCGCGGAUUGACGAAGUCAUGUCUCAACGACUGAUGUGAAGAUAUAUAUAUACCCAAAUCACAUGGUUCAACCCUUUCAAUUGCUGUGUUUGCUUCGCUUGCGGGUUGGUUGCGUUGCUUCGGUCUUGUGUCAGGUCUUGCCGUCUGAAUGUAGGUAUCGUACGAUUGUCUAUGUCUGAUCUAUCAUCUACUGG